AUGGACGACUCGGCCAAGGUCCUCUCCGAGGCCCUUAAUGUGGUCAAGGUGCAGCUGGUGCAGAUGAAAAGAUGCCUCGAUGCGGAUCAGGUCAUGGAUGCGCUCAAAAGCGCCUCCACCAUGCUCUCCGAGCUUCGCACCUCCUCGCUGUCACCAAAGAACUACUAUGAGCUCUACAUGGCCGUCUUUGAUGCGCUACGCCAUCUGUCCAUCUACCUCUAUGAUGCCCACACAACCGGCAAGCACCACCUCGCUGACCUCUACGAACUUGUGCAGUACUGCGGAAACAUCGUGCCGCGUCUCUACCUCAUGAUCACCGUUGGAAGCGUAUACAUGUCUAUACCCGACGCUCCUAUCAAGGAGAUCAUGAAGGACGUCAUGGAGAUGAGCCGUGGUGUCCAGCAUCCUACCCGAGGUCUCUUCCUUCGACACUACCUCAGCGGUGCGACGCGCGACUACCUUCCCGUCGGGCAGGACAUGGGACCUGGAGGCAACCUUCAGGACAGCAUCGGCUUCGUUCUCACCAACUUUAUCGAGAUGAACAAGCUUUGGGUCAGACUGCAGCACCAGGGUCACUCGAGGGAUCGCGAAAAGCGCGAGAUGGAACGAAAGGAGCUUCGCAUCCUCGUUGGCACCAAUCUUGUCCGUCUCAGUCAGCUCGAAGGCGUCGAUCUCGAGAUGUACCAGCGCACCAUCCUUCCAUCCAUCCUGGAACAAGUGGUCAAUUGCAAGGAUGUCAUAGCUCAAGAAUACCUCAUGGAGGUCGUCAUCCAGGUUUUUCCCGACGACUUUCAUCUGCGAACGCUCGGCCCGUUCCUUUCCGCCUGCGCAGCGUUGCAUCCCAAGGUCAACAUCAAGCAAAUCGUCAUUGCCCUGAUCGAUCGUCUUGCCGCUUACGCAGCCCGCGAAGCCGAGAACGACAGUCCAGAAGAGAUCAAGAGGCAAGAAGAGGAGGCGAGUCGGCGUCUUGCGGAAAAGACGCGACAGAUGCGGAUGACAGGCCAAAGUGCAGGCCCUGGCUCCGUCUGGGACGAGGUCACCGCCCAGGGGGACCCCAAAGCCAAGGCUGCCGACAUCGCCGAGCCGGCAUCACCGACCGCUGCGGAUCUCAGCUCGAUGCCACCGCCACCUGUGGAGCCUAGCGGAUUCGGCAUGGCUUCCGCCGACCGAGACUCUGCUGCUGCACCUAACGUCGCAACUCACAGCUCCGAAGAGCCCGUCUUUCGCAGCGUGCCCGAAGGGCUCGACGAAGAUGCCUGGGGAUCGGGAGGCGCUAGUGGCGCCGGAGCAGCUUCCACUGCAGCUUCCAGCACGUGGGCAUCCCAGACCGACGACGGUACCGAGGCGAGUAGUGCUCAGCUCACCUCUGACACCGCUGUCACAUCGACGGAAGCUGGCGCAGCCAAGGAUGAGCACAACGCUCGCGCUCAAGAGUUCCCUUCAGCCGGCUUUAGCACCGAAACGCAGACCAACGGCGAAGCCGAGAAGAAGGCAGCACCAACACAACCGCAAGCGCCUCGCCCUACGGCGGUAUCCGAAAAGCCCAUCGGCAAGUUCCGUGGCAUUCCAGAGGACGUCCGUCUCUUCGAGGUCUUCUGGGAGCAGAUUGUUCAACUCAUCCGCGCGCGGCCCGACCUCUCGAUCCAAGACAUCACAGCGCUGCUCGUCUCGCUCGCCAAUCUUUCGCUCAGCUGUUACCCAGACAAGCUUGAGUAUGUCGACCAGGUGCUUGCAUUUGCACGCGAAAAGGUCGUCGAAUUCGAACAGAGCCCAGACUUGCACAGCCCAGCUACCACGAACAACCUCAACUCACUGCUGCUCUCGCCCAUCAACUCCUAUCUCACUGUCCUGACGCUGCUGGCCUUGCCGUCGUAUCUGUCCCUGCUGUCGGUGCAACCGUAUACGACGCGCAAAUCCAUUGCACAGGCUGUCGUCAUGUCGGUGCUGCGCAACGAGACGGUCAUGUCAACGCCUGAGGACGUCAGCGGCGUGCUCGAUCUAUGCAGCCCCAUCAUUCGCGAUCACAAGGAUGCAGUCAUGGGUGGCAUGCCUCAUGGCGGCAUCCACAUGGGCGCAGGAGGCAGCGGCCAAGGUGGCUACGGCGGUGCGUACGGUCACUAUUCCGCCGGCGAUCCGAGGAUGGCUCAGGGCAUGUACGGCGCGGGAGCACGCGGCAUGGGUCGCCAACACAUGAUGCAGUACGACAUGGAAGAGAUGGCUGAAGAGCAAGGGUGGAUCGCGCGCAUGAUCCACCUCUUCCGGGCGGACGAGCUGGAGACACAGUUCAGCCUGCUACAGACCGCACGCAGGCACUUUGUCGACGGCGGCGAACGCAUCAAGUUUACGCUGCCACCGCUCAUCACCUCGGCCAUCAAGCUCGCACGGCGCUACAAGCUGCGCGAAAGCAAGGAGCCCAACUGGGAGACCAAGAUGCUGACCCUGUACAAGUUCAUUCACCAGGUCAUCUCGAUCCUCUACAACAAGGUCGAGUCAUCCGACAUUUGCCUCCGUCUCUUCCUGCUCGCCGCACAGUCCGCCGACGAGAGCGGCUUCGAAGAGCUUGCGUACGAAUUCUACGUACAGGCGUUCACAAUCUACGAGGAGUCGAUCUCCGAGUCGCGCGCACAGCUCCACGCCAUCGGACUGAUCAUCAGCACGCUGCAAACGGCUCGGGUCUUCGGCACCGACAACUACGACACGCUCAUCACCAAGGCAGCACUGCACGGUGCUAAGCUGCUGAAGAAGCCGCAUCAGGCUGCUGCGGUCAUGAUGGCGAGUCAUCUGUGGUGGCAGACCGAAGUUCCUGGCCAUCCUUCCGGACUUGCCACCAGUUCGUCCUCUGCUACCGGCAACACGGCUGCCAAUAGCAGCGUUGCUGCGAGCGGAAGUUCUGCCAAUGGAGCCGCCAGCGGCGCCAAGGAGAGCAAGCCUAUCCUGCUCAAGGACGGCAAGCGUGUGCUCGAGUGUCUGCAAAAGUCGCUGCGCAUCGCAAACAGCUGCAUCGACGAACGCAGCACCGUCGAGAUCUUUUGCUCCGCGCUGGAUCAGUACCUCUACUACUUUGAGCAGCAGGUGGAAGCGGUUGCGCCCAAGUACAUCAACUCUCUCGUCGAGCUGAUCUCGAAUGGACUGGAUUCGCUCAUGACGGCAGAGGCAGACGGAGCGCAUGGCGGAGGAGCGGCAGGUGGAGCAGCACCUGCGACUUCGCAUCCUGCCAUUGUGGGAGGUGGAUUUUUGGAGCUCCCCACGACACCGGAUAGCUGUUUGCGACACUUCCGGUCUCAACUCCAGUACAUCAAGACGAGGAAGGAGGCGGCGGCGCUUGCGCUUGCGAACGCGAAUCCGCAGGCGGCGGGUGCUGAUGCGGGCUCUGCGUCUGCCUCGACGGGCGCUGAUUGGGGUGCUGUUCAGAUCGGACCUAGUCUCACAAAGUUUGGACUCAAGUAG